AUGAUAUCAUUAACAAAUGACGAAAGACACAAUGAAUUUAAUAACAGCGCACGUUCGAAUCUUCAUCAUCCUCAUCGACGUUAUAUUCUUGAAAAGCCUGAUUAUUCAAGAAGAACAAACGCAUCAAUUAAUGAUGAGCAACAAGCAAAAUUAAAUAAUAAUUUUCUUCAAAGACAAAUCAAACCAUCAAGUUAUUCAAAAAAUGAACAUAAAUUUCUUUCUCAUCCAAAUAUACAUUAUUCAAAAUACAAUAAUAAUAAAGAACAAGAUUUGAAAUUUAAUUUAAAUAAAAAUUUAUAUUCGAAUCAUAACUAUGAAAUAAAAUUAUCACGAAAUCAAAAUGAAAAUAUUAAUGAUCCAUAUGUAAGAACAAUACUUCAAACAGAUUACGAUUUAUCUACUUUAGAUCGAGAAGAACCAGAAAUUCAAAUAUUAAAUGUUAAUCAUUAUCAAACAAAUAAUUUAAAUUUAAUUCCACAAUAUUAUUCUCAUGACGAAAAUAAUAAUCAAGAUGAUUUCGAAACACAAAUUCUCGAUCCAUAUCAAUCACCUUUUAUUAUUAAAGAUAAAAAUAAAAAAAUAAGUCCAACUUCAUCUCAAUUAAAUCGUUCAUCUCGAAAAUGGAUUCUUCAACCACCCACUUAUACACCAAUAAACUCGAAUAAUUUUUCAUUAAACAAAAAUAUUCAUCCACAUGACAAAGAUAAAUUCAAAUCACGAAAAACAGAUAUUGAUGAAGAAGAAAGUCUUUUUCAACAGGAAAACAAUUCAAUUUAUCCAAAACAUCAUACACGUAACAAUAAACAUAAAAAACAAAAUACUAAUAAUGAAAAAAAUGAAAAAAAGAAUAUAUGGAAUUUAUAUUCUUCUACAGAGAAACGAAAUAUAUUUAUAUAUAUAAUUGGAAUAAUGUUAUAUAAAUUUGGAUUAGAAGCAUUUAAUGGAUCAAUUGUUAGUUUAGCAACAAAUCGUUAUGAUCGAGAUGCAUCUAAUAAUGAAAGUGUAGCUCGAACAUUUGAAAAAGUUGGUUUAUUAGUUGGUUUUAAUCAAGCAUGUCAGUGUAUUGGAUCAAUAUUAAUUGGUCCAUUAAUAAAACGUUGGCCAACACGAACUGUUUUAUCAAUAUCAAUAUUUAUUUUUGCAUUAUUUACAGCAUUACUUAUGAUUAUUGAUGCAGCAACUGGAGGAAAAAUAAAACCAUCAAAUUUUCAAGCAAUGCAUGAAAAUGAUUAUAGUUAUUAUGGAAAUUAUCCAACAACUGUAAUUAUUCCAAUUUAUUGUGUAACUGGUAUUGCUUAUGGAAUGGUUGAAUUAAUUCGAAGAGUAAUUCCUGGUGAUAUUGUUGGAAGUGAUGAUGAAAAAUUACAAAGAAUGGAUGCUAUAGUACAUGUUUUUUAUGAAAUAGCUGGAGUUUCUGGAGCAUUAAUAACUGGUGUCGUUUUAAUUCCACGUCUUGGAAAUAAUUAUUCAUUUAUAAUAACACCAAUUCUUUUUAGUUUAUCAGCUGUAGUUUGGAUUUUUAUUAAUACACUUGGAACAAAAACCAAUGUUGAAGAUGAAGAAUUUCCAGUAGGAAAUCAAAGUCAUAAAACAAAUUAUUUUAAAGCUCUUAUUAAUGGUUUUGUUCUAUUUGGUCAAUCAGUUUAUCUUGGAGGAAAAAUAAUAUUUACAAAUCGAAAAUAUUUUUGGUUAUUUCCAUGUUAUUCAUUAACACUUUAUAUUCAUCGUUAUAUUGAAAAUGCUAUUGCUCCUCAAAUAGCUAAAAGAUAUCUUCAAAAUUCUGAAUGGUCACAAAUUAUUGUUGGAGGAUCUAAUUUUGGAGAAUUAAUUGGAGCUUUAUUUGUUUUUUUUUUAACGAAAAAAAUUCGAAGUCCACUUGUUUGGUUAAGAUUAGAUUCAAUUUUAUUAUUUAUUGUUUGGUAUUUACCAUUUUAUAAUCCAUCAUCAAUUACUGUUAAACAUGCUUGGAUUAUAGCAUUAUCAUUUAUUCCAUUUGGUUUUGGUUCAGCAGGUGAUGAUGUUUCAUUAAAUGCACAUAUACAAGCAUCUUUAAGUAAACCACAAUUAAAAAAUAAAAAUGUUUCAUCAUUAGGAUCUGUUAUGGCCUUUCUUUAUUCAUGUUAUAUUAUUCUUUAUGCUAUUUUAAAUCCCUUACUUGGAAGAUAUAUUGAUUCAGUUUAUAAUUCAAAACAAACAAUAAGACCAGCUUUUAUUUUUACUGUCGGUGUACAAACAACAAUUAUUUCAAUUAUAGUUUUUCUAUCGACAUUUAUUCCAAAAGGUUCUUUUAAAUUAAAUCCAGUUUUAGAAUAA